CACACCGCAGCCUGCAUGUGUAGCAGGCUUUAAAAUUGUACACAAUCUCAUCUUUUGGACUUAAGAUAUUAAUUGAAAAAUUUUGAUAUUAAGAUAUUUUAUACUUUAAAACUAAUUUUAGUAACAAUAUCCAGUAUGGUUAAGGAACAGUUUCGAGAGUCUCAUCUGUCAAAGAAAAUAAACAAAAUCAGUUUUGGAUUGCAAAGUAGCCUGGAUAUGCGACAGCAAGCUCAUUUAAACUGUGUAAAUUUUAAUCUUUAUGAAGGAAUUAAUCAUGAGGCUGCAUCUCAUGGUGUGCUGGACCCUAAAAUGGGUACUAGCCGAAAAAAUCAAAAAUGUACUACAUGUGGUAAGCAAGUCCAAGAUUGCAUUGGUCACUUUGGUUAUAUAGAUUUGAACCUACCUGUUUUCCAUGUUGGGUAUUUUAGAUCAAUUAUUACAAUUCUGCAAACAAUAUGUAAAACAUGUGCGCGUGUACUUCUGAAUCCAACAGAAAGAAAAAAAUACAGUGAAAUUCUAAAGCGCCCUAAUAUUAAUUACCUUCAAAAGAAGCAACUUAGGAAACAAAUUGUUGAAUUGUGUGUGAAGAAAUCUAUUUGUCCAUUUUGUAAUUCAACAAAUGGUCAAGUUAAAAAAGCUGGAUGCUUAAAAAUAGUUCAUGACAAAUUUAAGAAAGAUAGAAAGGGUGAUAUUGAUCAGAUGGAAUAUUUGAAUGAUUUCCAUGAAGCAAUAAGUAGUAACAAAGAACUGGAACAGUGUAAAAAUAAAGUUACUCAGAUUAUUUUGGAUCCACUUGUUGUUUUGAAUCUCUUCAGAAGAAUUGUUGAACAAGACAUUCCAUUUCUUCUUAUGAAUCCAGCUGUAGGAAAACCAGAACAUUUGAUACUUACAAAAUUGCCUGUUCCACCUUUGUGCAUUCGUCCGUCUGUCAUAUCUGAGUUAAAAUCUGGAACAAAUGAGGAUGAUAUGACUACAAAAUUAACUGGCAUUAUACAGUUGAAUCAAGAAAUUCAACGCCAUGCAGCAAAUGCUCCUUUAAAGUACUAUAUGAGAAUUUGGGAAAAUAUACAGACUCAUGUGGCUCUGUAUAUAAACAGUGAUUUGUCUGGAGUUAAUAUGGAAAAUCAGAAAGUGAAACCUACUGGAAGAGGAAUUGUACAAAGGCUAAAGGGUAAACAUGGCAGAUUUAGAGGUAAUCUGUCUGGAAAAAGAGUUGAAUUUACUGGCCGCACUGUCAUUUCUCCUGAUCCAAAUAUUCCUAUUGAUCAGGUUGGAAUACCUGUACAUGUAGCUAAAAUUUUGACAUAUCCUGAAAUGGUAACCCCACACAAUAUGAAAAAAUUAAAACGCUUGAUAAUGAAUGGUGGUUAUAAGCAUCCAGGUGCUAAUUUUCAUAUUGAUCGACAGAAUGGCAUGAAAAGUGAUCUGAAUUAUGCAAACAGGCGCCGCAUUGCCGACACAUUAAAGAUAGGUGAUAUUGUUGAACGCCAUCUGUUGGAUGGAGAUAUUGUUUUAUUUAACAGACAGCCUUCUUUACAUAAACUUAGUAUAAUGGCCCAUAAGGCUAGAGUUGUACCAACAAGGACUUUUCGUUUCAAUGAGUGUGUAUGUACUCCAUACAAUGCAGAUUUUGAUGGCGAUGAAAUGAAUAUUCAUCUACCUCAAACAGAAGAGGCCAGAGCUGAAGCUUUGCAGCUAAUGGGUGUAUCUUCAAAUUUAGUAACACCUCGAAAUGGAGAUCCAUUAGUUGCAGCUAUUCAAGAUUUUAUAACAGGUUCCUUUCUAUUAACUCAAAAAGACACAUUCUUCACAAGAGAAGAAGCUCAACAAGUAAUUUGCAGCAUACUGUCAAAUGAAGAUUUACUGAUGAAAAUCAAUUUACCACCUCCUGCUCUGAUGAAGCCUCAAAUGUUGUGGACUGGAAAACAGAUAUUCAGCUUAUUAUUGCGCCCCAGUAAAGAAUGUAAUAUUCUAAUAAAUCUCAGAAAAGCACCGAAAGGCAAAGCAGCAUCUCCUUAUACUGGGAAAGAAGAAUUGUGCCCUAAUGAUAACUUUGUGAAUAUUAGAAACAGUGAAUUAUUGUCUGGAACUAUGACUAAAGCUACUCUUGGUUCUGGAUCGAAGACUACCAUUUUCUAUAUACUGUUGCGUGAUUAUGGGAAAAUUCAUGCUGCUAAUGCUAUGCUGAGACUGGCUCGACUAGCCUCUUACUUUCUUGCCAAUCGGGGAUUUUCCAUUGGUAUUGGUGAUGUGACACCAGGUUAUGGUUUAUUAAAAGAAAAGCAAAUAUUGCUGGAACAAGGUUAUAAUAAAUGUGAAGAAUACAUCCAAAGUUUGGAAAAAGGAGAGUUAGAAACUUUGCCUGGAUGUAGUGAAGAGGAAACUCUAGAGAACAAAAUCAUAUCUGAAUUGUCUGCAAUUCGAGAACGUGCUGCGCAAGUAUGUUAUAAAGAACUGCAUAAGUCUAAUAGCCCUUUAAUUAUGGCUCAAUGUGGCUCUAAAGGUUCAAACAUCAAUAUCAGUCAGAUGGUUGCAUGUGUAGGACAACAGGCAUUAAGUGGUAAAAGAGUUCCUGAUGGAUUCGAUCAUAGAUCUUUGCCACAUUUUGAAAAAGCUAGUAAAACUCCUGAAGCCAAAGGAUUUGUACAGAACAGUUUCUUUUCUGGUCUUACUCCAACUGAAUUCAUAUUUCAUACUAUGGCUGGAAGGGAAGGUUUGGUAGAUACAGCUGUGAAAACUGCUGAAACUGGUUACAUGCAGCGCCGUUUGAUUAAAUCUUUGGAAGACUUGUGCCUGCAUUAUGACUUAAGUGUUCGUAACUCUAUUGGAGAAGUAGUUCAGUUUGUUUAUGGUGGUGAUGGUCUGGAUCCUGUAAACAUGGAAGGUGUUAAUAAAUUUGAAAGUUCAGGGAAGAAGAAAAAUACUGAAUAUUGUAUGAAGAAAAAUGAUGACCCACCAGAUGACCCUGUCAUAUUUGAAAGAGCCAUGUAUCACAUUACGGCCAAAUUUCCAUGCAAAGAUGAGAGACCUUUGGAUACAGACUCUUUAAUAUCUUUAAGUGAUGAAAUAUUGCAGGAGGAUUUUAAUGAUGUCCAUGAAAAUUACCGAUCCCGUCUUAAGAAUUUUUUCAAAGAUCACUGCAUGCGGAUGCAAAGAGUUCAGCAUCAGUUUAACUUUUCUUCAGAUAAAGAUGAUGUUCCGCCUGUAUUAUAUCAGCUUGAAAGAAUCACAAAAACACAAUUAAUAGAACUUCUAAAGUUCUGCAAAGACAAAUACAUGAAAGCAAUGAAUGAACCAGGUACUGCUGUAGGGGCCAUCUGUGCUCAGAGCAUUGGUGAACCAGCUACCCAGAUGACUUUAAAAACUUUCCAUUUUGCUGGAGUUGCUUCAAUGAAUAUUACACAGGGAGUACCUCGUAUUGGUGAAAUAAUUAAUGCGAGUAAAGUAAUAAGCACUCCAGUCGUCACUGCUCUGCUUGAUGUUAAUGAUGAUUUAGAAUUUGCUAGAAAAGUUAAAGGAAGGAUUGAAAAAACUCUUCUGGGAGAGGUCACUGACUAUUUUGAAGAAGUUUUCCUGCCAGACAACUGCUUUAUCUUAGUUAAAUUAAACCUUGAAAGAAUCCGUUUGCUACAGUUGGAAGUAAAUGCUGAUACCAUCCGUUAUUCAAUAUGCACUUCAAAUAUUGCUGAAAUAAAGGGAAUAAAACCUAACAAUGUAGAAAUAUUUUCAGAAAGUGUAAUUAUUGUAAAGCCUUUCCAGAGUUCUAAAGGAACAUGUUAUGCUGUAUUGCAGCAACUGAAAGAAAAAUUACAGUUAGUUGUAAUACAGGGUAUUCCAACUGUGUCCAGAGCCUUGAUACAUUUGGAAAAUGAUAAAUAUGAAUUGCAAAUUGAAGGAAAUGGACUGGGUGCUGUCAUGGCCACAAGAGGAGUCAAAGGAAUGUCAACUACUUCAAAUAAUACAAUGGAAGUUGAAAAAUACUUAGGAAUUGAAGCUGCUAAAACUAUCAUUAUAAGUGAGACACAGACAACUAUGAAACAUCAUUCCAUUGAAAUAGAUAGAAGGCAUUUAAUGCUUUUAGCUGAUCUGAUGACUUUCAAGGGGGAAGUACAUGGCAUUACAAGAUAUGGUUUGGCCAAAAUGAAAGAAAGUGCUCUUAUGCUUGCCUCAUUUGAAAAAACAGCUGAUCAUCUCUUUGAUGCUGCAUAUUAUGGCCAAGAAGAUUCUAUUACAGGUGUUAGUGAAAGCAUCAUAUUAGGAAUUCCAAUGAGUCUGGGGACUGGUUUCUUUAAACUUCUUCACAAAGCUAAUACUGCCCCUCUACCACCAAAGAAGAAAUUACUAUUUGAUGACCCAGAUUUUCAUCUUCGUGAGGUUUCAGCCCAAUGCAGCUGAUAGGCUGGGAACCAUUCUGUACAGACAUUACAUAUGUAUAUAUGGACUUAUUUUUGAUGAAAUUCAGAAAAAUAAAUUUAAAGAAAUACGUUAA